CGCACCUUCACCGCCGCUCAAUCAGGAAUACACACAAACACACAAGAGCCUUCAAUAUGUCUGACCAAGACUCGACCAUGCACUCCUCCCCAGACAUGGCCGCAGACGACGAUGAGAUGUUCCCUGACGAGGGACUUCCCUCUACGCCGCGCAACGCAGCUUCACACGCCCUGAACGCGGGCUCUGAGCUCUCACCACCCAACUCGCAAGGCCCCGUCAACCUACCCCGCGGCGACAGCUUCACAGCAACAAUCGCCUCCAACGUGAACGAGAACGGCAAGCGGCCUCUGUCGUUGAACCCAGCUUCUACCCCGAACGAUACAGGGGUGACACACACAGAUCCUGAGACUGGAUAUCAGUGGUCGAAGGCGGAGGAUCAGCCAGGGUUUGAGUGGAAGAACCAGAGGGCGAGGGAAGACGAGAUGAGGGCGCUGGAUCAGAUCAUUGACAAGGGGUCGCAGAUCAGGGCUCGCUACGGCGACCCUCUGGACGAGAGCGUGCCAGCCAAGUUCAAGCGCUGAAGGAUGCCACGCCACCAUCUAGAAUAGCCACUGAACGACGAUCGGCGAUACUGCCAGCACAGCCAAAGCAUCCUUACGACAACGUCCGCAACACUACAGGCAGAGUCGCGAUCUAAGGAUGGUUGGGCCUCAUGCGCAAGGAUUUGAAGGAGGGCUCGUGCAACGACCUCGAAGAUACGCUGCAACGAAACGCAGAGGCAUACACGGCUUUAUGAG